ACGAACUCAUAUUCCUUAUGGUGAAUGUAAUACACUAACAGCUUCUUUUUAUGGAAUGUGCAUGAAAUAUGCUGGAAAGUAUUACAAUAAAGCUAAUUAUCAUAAAAACAAACUUCAGGAUAAAAAAUGUGAUCAAGCAUCCUGGGUAAUUCAAAAAUAUGUCUGA